AUCAGAGUAACCAUCAGGUGGUUUGCAGUACAUUGGGAAAACAUAGAGCUAGAUUGCCUGCUCGCCCGGUCAUAGUCCUAACUUGGUGGCUGAUACACGCCGGUCUGACGAUCAAGUCAUCGUCGGGUCCUCGAGACCUCCAGUGUAUCCACGCUGUGGAUUCGGCUUCCUCCACAGCACACAGCCUUGCAGGUAAAAUGGAACACCAAAAUGAUCUUGCAAUCCGUCUGUUCUGAUUGAUGGCCCGGGUUCUGUAACAGAGGAGAGCGCCUUGCUCUCGGCCACUUUUGAAUGGACCAACUAUUCGUGCAGCUGAACGCUCUGGCUAGCACUUCCGGACUCCCGUUUCUCUGCGAUAUCAACCUGCGAAGAGAAAAUGCAUACGACCGGACACCGAGAACGCCCGAUCCGAAUCUCGGAUCAUUUAUCAUCAACAAGGGAACGAUAUCCCUAGCUCACACGCUCCCGAGCGACGUCGGGUCCACUCGAAAGGGUGACUUUUGGGAUAUUCGGGCAGAGACAAUGCAAAAGUUGAGCGACGAGAAACCAACCUCGACUUGGGCCACCACGAUGCAUGAUAUGCACAAUGAAGGUUCUUCAAGCGAACGUCUGGCGGCGCAAAGGCAGGACUCGAACCCCGAUCCUAAGCAGUCCUCGAGCACUUCUGCGAGCGUUCCUCCACGCACAUCUACUAUCCCCCAAGCGUAUCAUUCGAUGCUCGCCGGAGCGGGAGCUGGUCUCGUGUCCAGCAUCGUCACUUGCCCCCUUGACGUAGUGAAAACCCGCUUACAAGCUCAAGUCAGCAAGAAGGGGGCAGCCGACUAUGAAGGUGUCAAGGAAACUAUCAGCAGGAUCUGGAAGAGCGCUGGGGUACGAGGCCUGUACAGGGGACUCGGUCCGACAGUGCUUGGGUAUCUACCGACCUGGGGUAUAUACUUUAGCGUCUACGACCAAAUCAAAAACUCGCUAACACCUGAUGUUCCGGAUGGGACGGACCACUGGGGAGUUCAUAUAAUUGCGGCUAUGACGGCUGGAGCUACGGGUACUAUUGUCACAAACCCACUGUGGCUUAUCAGAACCCGUUUCAUGGCGCAAGCAACAUCGGCUGAUGUGACCGAACGAUAUACGAAUACGUGGAUUGCCUUUAGAUCGAUCUACAAAACCGAAGGAUGGAGAGCUUUUUACCGUGGGCUAGCUCCUAGUUUGAUCGGUGUAACGCACGUCGCCGUGCACUUUCCCCUAUACGAAAAGAUGAAGGCGUGGGCAGCGCCAGAAGAUGGAGGCCCCCUGAAUUCGCAGAGGAUUCUGGUCUGCUCGGCACUCUCCAAGAUGGUCGCGUCGGUCAUCACGUACCCUCAUGAGGUGCUCAGGACCCGUCUGCAAAUCCAGCGCAGAGAGCGAGCCGAUCAGGACGCGCAGCGCACCGCAACACGGCCCAGUCCGGGUACCCAGCUUUCUUCCAGUGUGAAAGGCGAUGGUAAACAUUCGGCGGGAUUGGAACGGACGUCACGAGGCCUAUGGCAGACCGUGUCGGUCAUUGCGAAACAAGACGGGUGGAGAGGGUUUUAUCGGGGCAUCAGCAUCAACUUGGUUCGAACAGUUCCCGCCAGCGCGGUCACGAUGCUUACGUAUGAGCUGAUCAUGCGACACCUGAGCUCGUAAAGGAUCGCAUUCUCUCAUCUGACACAUCGUUUUACAUCGGGUUGUUUUUGUAAAAUAGCCGAUAGAUAUACACAUCGUGCUAUGGAUUUCGCUUGUAUCAAAUGGCAUGGCUGAGGCAUAUAUAAAGGUCCAAGCCGAGG